AUGGCUUACACAGCUCAUCAGUUUUUCUCCAUUGUCAUACCAGCAUUAUUACUCAUAACCUUAUUAUCCCCUAUCAACAACAUCAAGAUUCAUGCAGAUGCUCGGCUUUUAGCCGAGGAGGUAUCAGACCUUCCACUUCCACAGCCUGAGCUGCCUGCAUUCACUGGUGUAGAAUUGCCACCAUUACCUGAUCUUUCAUCUCUGCAUCUACCAGCAAUCCCCAGCUUGCCUGAAUUCUUCAGGAAUCUCAAUCUGCCACAGCUUUCUAAUCCAACUUUCACUGCAUUUCCGGGUACUCCUCAAGAAAUUCCAACCCCUUCCUUCAAUGGAGCUCAAUCAACCACAAACCCUUAA